UGCUUCGAUAAUACGACAAAGAGCAUACUAGAAAAGCCUCAGAGAUCUGAGCAUCGUUUUUACUCGGAAAAUCAAUCUCUCCGUCACUACUUCGCGGCUUUUCGGUGUACCGGAUUCUGAUUCUGGAAGUGGCAUUGCUUCCCGUUUACCUGGAUUGAUUGAAGUUGAGCAUUAGCAACAUUAUCUCCUAAUGAUCUCGUCACCGAGCCUUGGAGUUUGUAUAUUUCUUACUACUGCUACUUGAUUUUUGGGCUGAAAAUGAAGAGAUUUUGUGGAGGGCUUCUUGUUGCAUCAAUGUGUAUGUUCUUGACGGUGUACAGAUACGUCGACUUGAAAACUCCCAUUGAAAAGCCUUACAUCGCUGCUUCUGUUUUCACUCCUAACACCACCAACACCACUCUUCCUCUGGAAUGGCUUCGAAUCACACUCCCUGACUUCAUGAAAGAAGCGAGGAACACUCAAGAAGCUAUAUCAGGUGAUGAUCUCUCCGUUGUCUCGGGUCUGUUUGUUGAUCAGAAUGUCUCCAAAGAAGAGAGAGUGCCUCUGCUUACCUGGAACCGUCUUGAAAGCCUGGUUGAUAAUGCACAGAACUUAGCUAAUGGAGUGGACGCGAUAACGGAAGCUAGCAUCGUCUGGGAGAGCCUUGUGUCAGCUGUUGAAGCGCAGAAGAUAGCUGAUGCUAAUGAAAACCAAACGAGGAAAGGGAAAGAGGAGCUUUGUCCUCAGUUUCUUAGCAAAAUGAAUGCUACUGAAUCUGAUGGAAGUAGUGUGAAGUUGAAAAUUCCUUGCGGGCUAACUCAGGGUUCCUCCAUCACAGUUAUUGGCAUCCCAGAUGGUCUUGUUGGUAGCUUCCGGAUUGAUCUAACAGGACAACCGCUUCCAGGGGAGCCUGAUCCGCCCAUUAUUGUACAUUACAAUGUUAGGCUUCUUGGCGACAAGUCGACUGAGGAUCCUGUCAUUGUCCAAAACAGCUGGACGGCUUCUCGUGAUUGGGGCGCUGAGGAACGCUGUCCAAACGUUGAUCCUGAUUUGAAUAAGAAAGUGGAUGACUUGGAUCAAUGCGACAAGGUGGUGGGUAGAGAAGUAAACCGAACUUUUUCCACUAGCUUGCAGUCCAACACCUCAAGGGGGAUUCCAGUGUCCAAGGAAGUAUCUAAACAUGAAAGAUAUUUUCCUUUUAAGCAGGGCUUCUUGUCCGUUGCCACACUUAGGGUGGGAACAGAAGGAAUGCAGAUGUCAGUUGAUGGGAAACAUAUAACCUCCUUCGCUUUCCGCGAUACACUGGAGCCAUGGCUUGUUAGUGAAGUACGGAUUACGGGUGAUUUGAAGUUAAUAUCCAUUCUUGCUAGCGGUUUACCGACAUCAGAAGAAUCAGAGCAUGUUGUUGAUCUAGAGGCACUGAAGGCAGCUCCGCUUUCACCAUUGAGGCCACUAGAUCUUGUUAUUGGCGUUUUCUCCACAGCAAACAACUUUAAAAGACGGAUGGCUGUCAGAAGAACAUGGAUGCAAUAUGAUGAUGUGCGUUCUGGAAGAGUUGCAGUACGCUUUUUUGUUGGCCUUCACAAAAGUCCUAUUGUUAACCUGGAACUCUGGAACGAGGCUCGGACUUAUGGUGAUGUUCAGCUAAUGCCCUUUGUUGAUUACUACAGUCUCAUCAGUUGGAAAACACUGGCAAUCUGCAUCUUUGGGACAGAGGUUGACUCAGCCAAGUUCGUCAUGAAAACGGAUGAUGAUGCCUUUGUUCGUGUUGAUGAAGUACUACUUUCUUUAUCAAUGAUCAACAACACUCGCGGGUUGAUAUAUGGUCUGAUCAAUUCCGACUCUCAGCCAAUUCGAAACCCUGAAAGCAAAUGGUACAUCAGUUAUGAGGAAUGGCCAGAAGAGAAAUAUCCUCCAUGGGCGCAUGGUCCAGGCUACAUUGUGUCCCGGGACAUAGCAGAAUCGGUUGGUAAGCUUUUCAAAGAAGGAAACCUAAAGAUGUUUAAGCUAGAAGACGUGGCGAUGGGGAUAUGGAUCGCUGACCUGAAGAAACAUUCAGGACUCGAGCCUCAUUACGAGAAUGAUGGAAGGAUCAUAAGUGAUGGAUGCAAAGACGGUUAUGUGGUUGCUCAUUACCAAAGUCCUGCCGAAAUGACCUGCCUAUGGCGUAAAUACCAAGAAACCAAACGGUCUCUUUGCUGCCGCGGUUGGUAAAACUCAAAAACGUUAAACGCACUUUUUUUCCACCUUGCGUUUUGGUUCACGUCUGCGUCCACAGGUACAGAAAGAGAAUGUGGUUUUAUCUGUUAAUUCUUUGUCGUAAUUCAUCUGAUUUGGUUUGUUAGUAUAAAGUAGAUUAGGUAUGUAGUUUAGAGCCAUAGGAGCAUAUUAUACUGUAUAUUUUAAUAACUACAUAGUAUAAUACUAUAAUUCAACUGUUAUUGCUUAGUCUUCACACAUGUGACGUG